UGCUAACAGAGUCCCGCGAGUAAAUUGACCCCUGUUCACUUUUAAAAUGGAUGAGAGAUUGUCGCCUUCAACAGUUUAAGGGCGGGAUACGGAGGACUCGCGAAGCAAAAGGAGUAUGCUCUACAGUGCCACUAUCCCGUUUGUCAAACUCACCAGCUAUAUGCUAUUGUCAUCCUGGUCUUGCGCAAGAGAAACCUAACUCUCGUGCGACACGCCUGAUACUGACUCAACCAACAAGCCAAAAAGAGACAUUCUUCACGUACCUAUUCACGAUGAAGACGCCGAUAUAUCACACCCUCAUGUUGGGAAAGAGAUGGUAGAGAAAAUGCUGCCUCACCGGCAACAAAUGAAGGGUGCUCGCAUCAGGUACCACUACGAUGGCUUACUCCUACGGACUUCGAGGUUGAAUACUUCCCAGCAACAUAAUUGGCUCAUUGCUGGCCAUCCUCGCAAAGGAACAUGCAGAAUGCGGCUGAGCUGUUGCGGAUGCGAUGUGGUCGCUACCAAGUAGGCUGAGCGAUUUGCUAUUUAAAUGGGCAGCCCAGGGCUCGGAUUCAUCCAUCUAUCGUGUCUCAACCGAUUGAAGCAACAUGGAUGGUCUCUCUGCUGCUGCGAGUAUUAUCGCUGUGGUGCAACUCACGGCUGAGGUUACGAAAUACAUCAUCGGUGUCGCUGGAGCUUCGAAAGAUCGACAGCGACUGCUUGACGAGAUUUUAGCCUGCGAGGCUCUCCUCAUGCGACUCCGCGACUAUUCCAAAGGAACUGACGGACCAGAGAUUGAGGAUUGGGACGCUGAUCAGGCAAAGACUCAUAGCGCCCAGACGUGGUCGGUCAAGGUCAAGGCCUUGGAGAGUGAUAAUGCACCUUUGUACCGCCUGUAUAAGAUUCUCGAUGCUAUCAAAACAAAGCUGCAACCAGGCCACGGGAGCGGCAUUCAAAAAGUCAAGGCCGCCUUGAAAUGGCCAUUCGAUGAGAAGGAAGUGGCAAAGCUCGUCGAUGCAUUCCAGCGUGAAAGAUCACUUUUGCAUUUCGCCAUGACACACGAAAGAACACAGCUGGUGAAGCACAUCAAGGCAACCUCAGACGACAACAGCAGACAAUUGGCCGAUUUGGUCAGACUUAUCAAGAACAAAUCGACUGAGGAUGAGCAUCGAGUUGCACGACUUGACCGCAUCCUGACUGACAUACAGCUGUCCAACCUCAACAUAGCAGAAGGGAUUGGGCACCUUCAAAACAGUCAGAUGAGCGCCCACCAGAAAGAAGUCCUCGACUGGAUCUCACCCGUGGAUUAUGCUCCCCAACAGAGCGACAUAUUCAGCCGGCGAGAGCCAGGAACUGGUGAGUGGCUAUUAGAAUCAGACGAGUACAAUUCCUGGGUAAAAGGCGACAAACAAACACUGUUUUGUCCUGGGAUUCCAGGUGCCGGGAAAACGAUCAUGGCAUCCGUUGUGGUCAAUUCAUUACUCGACUCCUUCCAUUCCGAGAGCAAUAUUGGAGUUGCAUAUAUCUACUGCAACUUCCGUCGGCGCCACGAACAGAAAGCCAGUGACCUCAUUGCGAAUCUUUUAAAGCAACUGAGUGAGAGCCAGCCAUCACUAUUUAAGCCGGUGGACGACCUAUACAAUAAGCGCAAGGCAUCUCGCACACGCCCAUCCCUACAGGAGCUUGGUCGUGUUCUGCAAGAGGUUGCUGCGACAUAUUCUCGCGUGUACAUCGUCCUCGACGCUUUGGACGAAUGCGAGACCACUGACGGUACACUACCCAACUUCAUCCAACAAGUACUUGACCUUCAAAGUGCAACAAGUACAAAUAUUCUAGCAACCUCUAGGUAUAUUCCAGAGAUCAAGGAGAAGUUCAGGAAAGCUGUCUCUCUUAAAAUCCGCGCCAGUGAGCCGGAUGUAAGAAGAUACCUGGCUGGUCGAAUGUCUCAACUCCCAGUUUUUGUUCAGAACAAGCCUGAGCUUCAAGAGGAAAUCAAGACAAGAAUACUGGAAUCAGUCCAGGGGAUGUUUCUUCUCGCGCAGCUGCAUCUCGAUUCUCUUGUCGGCAAGAGAUCACCGAAAGCUGUCCGAGCUAUUCUCAAAGCUUUGCCGAGUAACUCAAGCACAUCGAAAGCCUACGACAAAGCGUACGGCGAUGCUAUGAAGCGAAUAGAAGACCAGUUGACAGAUCAAGCGAUACUGGCUAAAGAAGCACUCAUGUGGAUUUCGUGUGCCAGACGGUUGCUUAGUCCUGCGGAACUUCAACAUGCCCUUGGUAUCGAAAUAGACUCUACGGAGUUUGAUGAGGAAAACCUUAGCGAGAUCCCCGACAUCGUUUCUGCUUGCGCUGGCCUGGUGACCGUCGACGAACAGAGCAACACUGUCCGACUAGCACAUUUCACGACACAAGAAUAUUUUGAGCGAACACAGGACCAGUGGUUCCCAGAUGCUGCUCUGGAAAUAUCCGUUAAAACUCUGACAUACUUAUCUUACGAUCUUAUCGUUGAUCAAGUCAGAACUGUUAGAGGUCCAAAACCUGGCAUUGCGGUACAAAAAGAUGCAGAAAAGUCGGAUUCGGUUGUCGAUCAAUCGAAAGACGAAAAGCCAGGGUCCCCAAAUCCCGGUCUUGGUCGAUCGAAAAGCCAAGACUGGAAGAUCAAAAAUAGCGUUGCGGAGAGCGACGAAGACUAUGAUGUUAAGAAGAUGCUCCAAGAUUAUCCGCUGUGUCGAUAUGCAUCAUGCCAUUGGGGUUACCACGCUCGCAACGUCUCAGAAAUGCCUGAUAUUGUGAAGAAUUUUUUGUCAUCAGAGAAACUUGUCAAGGUGACUGAGCGCCUGAGGUAUGCUGGUGGAUUCAACCCUGGGACCACUGGCCUUCAUGAGGCGGCGUACUUGGGUUCGAAGAGGCCGUAG